AGAGCGAAUCCAACCAAAGCAUGGAAGUUCGACGUGGGUUCGAGUCACGAAGAAGUGACGUUGAUGCUUUACGGGAAUAUAGAAAUACGCAACACCAUGGCGCGGCCCUGGAAUAGUCAAGGUGGGAGAAACCGUGUAUGACCGUCUUCGCCGUCGACGGCCAGUACCGUGUGAACGACCGUGAAGUAAACCUCGAACGAAACGUGAAAAGCGACCUUUACUUUGUUCGCGCGAUACUUCUUAAAACAAUCAAACGAAGGGAUAUCGAUCAAAAUUGUGUUGUUUCUUCCAAGAAGAGAAAAGUCUAGCAGAUCUUAUUAAUUUUUUCAAAAAAUCGGGUUAAAUAAUCCGAUCGUGCGAAUAUCAUCGGACUAUCGUUUCGAACCAUUGUAAAAAAUCUGUGCGAGAGAAAUUCGUGUUUUACCGAGAUAAGAAAGUUUGUGUCCUAAAGGGGAUCCGCAUUAAGGGAUCUUUCAUUAGCAGGAUGUAAAGAGGAAGAUCACAGUUGACAUUGAUAGUGGAAGGACGAAGAAGAGGAAAGGGAGAGAGGGAGAGAGCAAAGGACGGUCGUGUCUUGGCCGAAAACUUGACGCUCGUUACACCAGACUGUUCCUCGGCAAGUAGGUCAAGCGGUGUGUGCGAGAGUGCGAGACAGAGAGGACGAGAUAGAGAGGGAGGAAAAAGGAGAAGAAGUGGAAGAAUAAGGAUACAUCAAGAGGAAGAGGGAGGGAGGGAGGGAGAGAGAGAGAGAGAGAGAGAGAAGAGGGAAAGAAUGGCGGACUAUGGUUGUGAAGUAGUCGUUCGUUGAUGACGAGUCGAGGCUCGUGAUCCAAAAUGGCGGCUCUCUAUCGAUUACACGAUUCCUUUCGUAUAAGAAAUUCAAUAGGAAUUGGUGAAGCUCCUGAAUCCUGAAGGAAGAGCGAUCAUCCAGUUGGCCUUGAAAUACCUACCUUCGACAGGACGAACCAAUCGUCGUCCUCUUUUCUUUCUCUCUCUCUCCCUCUCUCUCUCUCUCUCUCCUUCUAUUCUUCCGACGUCUCGACUACGCCGCCUAGCAGGACGAGGAUCUAACAUGUCAGGAUUGACCGGUUCGAAGGCCUUAUCGGCCUUGACCAUUCUCCUCUUAACCGCCGCUACCUUGGCCAUACAAAACGAUCGAACCUCCUCUCGAUCGUCUCAAGAUGAUCCGGUUCUAAGCGCGAGCUCUUACACGGGUCCUCAAAGGACGACCUUGAGUUCCGAUCGACGGGACGAGUCGUUGACUUUUCAGCGAACUUCUCCCGCUUUUCGAUUGGAGACUUCCAAGAGCGUCUACAGUUACGAUAAUAAAAAUGAUAUGAGAGGGUCUCAUUCCGAGGAGCCGAUCGAUCAGCUGACUUCUUCGAAGCACGUCGAUCACAUCGACGGUAAUAACAUCGAACUAAAGUCCGGAGAAUAUUAUCGCAAUAUAAUACCAACGACAAGUCGAUCGAUUUCGGGGGAAGGACAGGGGGCUCCGCAGGGACGGAAUCUCUUGACGGAGCCCCAUCAGCCGGUUGGAAUCCAAGACCGACCAGUACCCUAUUUGCAAGGAAUAGAGCAACCAAGACGAGCUCGCCAAGAGAAGAUUUAUAGCGAACAUGCGCCACCUCCUAUUCUGCAAACUGCUUUGCCUGGUAGACAAGCCAAUCCUGAUAUUCAGGACAUCAUCACGGGUAUCGUGAAACUUUUGAACGGGAAUGUCAAUGUGGCUGCUAAUACUGUAAGACCGUUGAGGCCGAUCCAAGCGACGAGGAUCAACAAUAGAGGACCGCCGAGAAUUUCGGACGUUCCUCCUUUACCACCGGACUUUGAUACGCCCGGAAUGAAUCCUCCUCCUCCACCGGACACACCCUAUCCGUUUGACAAGCCACCGAAUCCUGACAGGCCUCUGGUCAAUCAGUUGCCGCCGGAAAGACCGAUCAGGCCUUUCUUGAACGGCGUUCCUUUGCCGGAACAAAUUGUACCUUCGGGAAAUCGUCCUUGGUCCUGGAACAGGCCUAGUGUUCACAGACGUCCGAUCCCAGCGUACAAGCCUCUACCACCGAAUUUAGAUUCUAGCUUUCAUCGGGACAAGGAUCAUCCAAGCAACGACAAGCACACCGAGAAGCCGCAUUUUGAUUUAAAGCCCGAUCAGCAGCAGAUAGAACUCAAUGCGACUAACGAGUCUGCGAACGCGAACGACGACGUCGCGACGAAUCACAAGACGGUAGAAAAUAAGAUAGGCAAUGGUCAUAACCAGGAGGAGCAGGAAAGUCCCGCGAAUCCGACGAAGAAAGGCGAACACGAAGAUUUUACGAAAAAGAUACACAAGUAUCAGUCUCAUAUGAAGGACAAAAUAAAUAACGACAAUACUCUCGUGUUGGGUGCCGAGCAAGUGGAGAACGAAAGUCAAGCUAGCAGCGUGAUACGAUAUACGGAUUUUCCAAAACCCGUCGUACCUUUGAACGGUCAAGCCAAGGAGACGAAAAUUUCGAAAACGAAUCAAGUCGCGGUAUCUUCGAUCGUCCACUCGAAAAGCGAAGAAAGCAAAGUCGACCUCGCGUUCUCGAGUAGCAUCAAACCUACGAAAUCGUUCUCAACGAGCACCUUGAACGUUGAAACGAGCUCGUCGGUACGAGUGAUCGAACCGACGCCAACGAAGACGGACGUUUGGCCUACUUCUGCCCCUACGAACGACGAUUCGAGUAAACCUUCCGAAACAUUCGCGACGACGACAACGACGGCGAGAACGACGACGAGAACGACGACGACGACGACGACGACGGAAUUAGAGCCGAGUAAUACGUUCACCGAAUCCGAAAGCAUAGAGAUUAGAACGACUUCUUCGACGCCAACGGAAAGUUUACCUACGACGUUUGUCAAAGUUUUCAGCACCACUCAGAAAAGUAUGAUACAUUCUUCGACGAGCAGCAUCUUUUCGAAAAAUACAGCUACUACGGAUCGAUAUUCCUACCGACCUCGGCCUGGAAUAGUACUCGACGAUACCUUGGAUUACACGGGAACCCCGGGAUUGGCUACGCAAAGACCUUACCCUCCGCCAAGACCCACGUCCUUGGUCGACGUAUUCGACGUCACCGUUUCCGCGGUUCAAGGUCCUGGUGGAAGUUCUGGAGACGGCGUCAGGGUGUCUAUAAACGGAGGAAACGCCGAUGUUAUUCUCACUUCUGCCGUGGAGGGUCAAGGAUUUGUAAGCAUCGACGGUAAAAGGACUUAUCUGAAUUUGUUCGAUAAUACCGAACGAACUUCGACGUCCUCGCAAGCGCUACCUCAACCAACUAGAACUCAGCCUCCGCAUGUCGUCGGCACCGGUCUAGCGAUCCCGCAACCGGACACUAUGAGCAUCAAUCAACGUCCCGGCUUAUUGUCGCCAAGACCGAAUUACCCGAAACGACCGACUCAACCUCCUGUCAGGAUAGACACUUGCAUAGUCGGCGACAGUAGUACCUGCGACGCGAGUCAACACGAGGCGUGUGCAACGAUCCAAGGUGUAUCCGCGUGUCACUGUAAACCAGGAUACGCGAGACUACAACAUUCCCUUCCAUGUAAAAAAAUCGUCAGUAUCGUGGUGUCCAUUAGAAUAGACAGAUUUUACGACAGGAAGGUUGUCUGGGAUCGCGGACUCGCUGACAAAGAUUCCGAAUCUUAUCAAACGUUGGCUUUCGAAGCAAACAGAGCCAUCGAGUCUGCGAUGUCUAUGACGCCUUUCUCGGACGAGCAUAUGGGAUCGUCUGUAAAUUCUGUAUAUCAAGGUGACGUGAGUCAAGGACAAGGAGGUGUCUUUGUAAAUGCGACCCUGAAACUCAUCUAUGAACCGAGAACGGUACGACCUAGUUUGGCCGGUGAAUUGCAGAAACAACUUCUCGGCGUCAUUCAUAGAAGAAACAAUAAUAUUGGAAAUAGCGCGCUGUACGUCGACAGUCCUCGCGGAUCGAUAUCCAAUUUGCAAGAUCUGGACGAGUGCGCAUCCUCGGAAUUAAACGAUUGUCACUCUUAUGCAACUUGUACGAACACGUGGGGUGGUUUUACCUGCACUUGCAAUCAGGGAUUGAAGGAUCCCCAUAAAGAUGAUUCGAACGAAGCUGGUAGAUCAUGCUUAUCUUGUCCCUCGACCCAUUGCAACAAUCGAGGAACGUGUUCCUAUCAAAACGACCAGAUGCAAUGCGCAUGUACCGGUAAUUACUAUGGAACUCAGUGCGAAGUCGACGGCGAAGUUUUGGGCGUUGCGAUAGGUGCCUCCGUCGCGGCCUUAAUAAUCAUAGUCCUAACUCUGGUUUGCCUCGUGAUGUGGAGUCGGAGAUGGUCGCGCGAACAAAAGUCCGUCGGAUCGCCCGUUUACGGAUACAUUCAAGGUGGAAUACCUGGGACGCUUCCUGGUACGUUGGCUAGAGUGGGCUCGGUUGGGACUUUAGCAUCGGUGAAGCAAGGACCGCCGCCUAAUCUACCGCCCUACAUGUUGGCACAUUUUGCCGAUCACAUGGCAACCGCAAAUAUCUACGCCACCGAACCUAUGGGCCCGACAAGACCCAGCUCGGCGAUGUUCGGUUAUCCGCCGAUCAAUGUUCACGGAACGUUACCUCCGGUUCCACUACCGAGACUUCAAGCUCCGCCGAGGCCGAGGCAAAGACAUCAACCGGAUCCAGACAGUUCGGACUCGGAACCGCAGGACAAGGAUAGGGCCGACUUGAUACCACAGAGCAACGGGUUCCACGUGCCCAGGCCAAAGUCCAGAUCGUCUUUGGCGAAUCAGAGUGGAAUCUACAACGACGUGGAGUACGAUCAAGGCGACGUUCAGCACCUAUCCAAAAACAAUAUACCAAUGUCCACCUAUAGACCGUAUUAUAGAACGUGAAAUUGUAAUACGAGUCGAAUUUAAUCGACUUUCGAGCAGUUUCGAGGAAAUAGUCUUUAAAUGGGAGAAAGAAACGGAAGUGAUCGGUCGUGGCUCGUGACAAGUGUCUUCCGUGUUCGCACGACGAUGCGAGAACUGUAAAAUAAAAUAAAACGAGACUCUACGUAUUAAGAUUAUUUAAGCGCGAAUACGAGCAGAGUUUCAAUGGGUGUUCCCUUGCGGCGAUGGAUCUAUUUUGCGAAGCUUCAUUUUUAGAAUUCCUCUUUCGACGAGCGUACAAGAAGUAUACGGUGGUUCCGAUGGCCGAUAUACAAAAGUCUAAAACGAUUGGAAGAGUUAAUGCUAUAAUCCAUUACGUAAUUUUUGUAAUUACAUAUCAUAUAUAUUUUUUUCAAGUUGAAUACAAUAUACAUUUUGAAAAGUUAA